ACCAUGAAUAAGUCACAGGUAUCUACAGUGACCUAUUUUGUCUUGUUGGGCUUUCCUGGUCCGUGGGAGAUGCAAAUCACCCUUUUCUCGCUGAUUCUGAUGGUCUACAUGUUGACUUUGAGUGGGAAUUUGGCCAUCAUUUGUGCAGUGAGGUGGGAUCACCAACUCCAUACCCCUAUGUACCUGCUCCUGGGCAACUUUUCCUUCCUAGAAAUCUGCUAUGUGACCUGCACAGUCCCCAACAUGCUGGUCAACUUUCUUUCCAAAACUAAGACUAUGUCCUUCUCUGGCUGCUUCACUCAGUUCUAUGUCUUCUUCUCCCUGGGUACAACCGAGUGCUUCUUCCUUUGUGUCAUGGCUUAUGAUCGGUACUUGGCCAUCUGCCGCCCACUACACUAUCCCUCCAUCAUGACAACCCAACUCUGCAGUACUCUGGUGUCCCUCUGUUGGCUUGUUGGUUUCUUUGUAUAUUCAAUUCCUAUUUCUUUCAUUUCUCAACUGUCUUUCUGUGGUCCCAACAUCAUUGAUCACUUUCUAUGUGAUGUGGACCCACUGAUGGCAUUGUCCUGCACACCUACACCCAUCGUAGGGUAUAUAUUCUACUCUUUGAGUUCUCUUAUCAUCGUCCUCACCAUUUUGUACAUCCUUGGAUCCUAUGCCCUGGUGCUCAGAGCUGUGCUUCAGGUUCCUUCAUCAGCUGGGCGACAAAAGGCCUUCUCGACCUGUGGAUCCCACCUGCUUGUAGUCUCUCUGUUCUACGGAACCAUAAUGGUGAUGUAUGUGAGUCCCACAUCUGACAGCUCAGUUGGUAUGCAUAAAAUCAUCACGGUGAUAUACUCUGUGGUGACACCAGCCUUAAAUCCUUUCAUCUAUAGCCUGCGUAACAAGGACAUGAAACACGCUCUCCACGAUGUCUUCUGUGGGAUGAGAAUUACGCAAAGCUCAUAA